UUCCAGGUUCUUUCAAGAAGCCACUGCCGCCCCACUAAAAAGUUCAAAAUCGCCGAAAGUUGAACCCUCUCUCUCCAGGAAACAUCUGCCACUUUCAGAAAUUUUUGCCGUUCCUACGAUUCGUCUCCGGCAUUAGACGUCGGGGACUUGUAAUCCUUCGUCAUGGCGCCCGCCUCCGCAAGUGGCGCCACAAGCGACCCCAACGAGGACCGAAUUGUGCCCAAGAAGGUUGCGCUGUUCGACGACUCCGGGUCCAGCAGCGAGGACGACCAGGAAGACGGCGGCGCCGCUCUUGGUCCUUCGGUCGAGCUCAAGAUCAACGAGGAGUAUGCCCGCAGAUUCGAACACAACAAGAAGCGGGAGGAGCUCCACAGGCUGCAGGAGAAGUACAAAUCGACCGGGGGUGCGGAUGAGGCGUCCGAGUCGUCGUCUGAGGACGAGACCGAGGAUGAUGAGGCCGUGCUGGUCACCGAGGAAGUGGACGCCGAGAUUUCGGCCGUGCUGCAGGCCAUUAAGAACAAGGACCCCAGGAUAUACGACAAAAAUGCCGUUUUCUACAAACCCUUCGACCCUAACGCCGAGCCGCCAAAGAAGAAGGAGGACAAACCCAUGUUCCUGCGCGACUACCACCGGGAGCGCUAUUUGAGCGGCGAUGUUGGUGCCGAUGAUGACAGUACUGCUGCCGCCAACGUUCCCAAAACGUAUGCACAGGAGCAGGAUGACAUCAAAAAGUCCAUCAUCUCUGAGAUCAACGCCGCCGCUGCCGCUGCCGCCGACGACGAGGAGGCGUGGAGUGACGAUGACGCUUUCAUCAAGCCGGUCAAGAAAGACGACGGCCCAGCCAAUGAUGGCACGCACCCCUCGCGGGCAGCGAACAUCAAACUCACGGAGCUCGACGUCGCCAAUGCCGACAAGAACCCGGAGGAGUUCCUGUCCAAGUUCAUGGCGUCCAAGGCUUGGGUGCCGGAGGACGGGGGCUCCAAGUGGCAGGCAUUCGAGUCCGACGACGGCGAGGACGCCGGUGACCUAGCUGACGAGUUCGAACAUGCUUACAAUAUGCGGUUCGAGGACCCUGCCAAGAGCAAUGAGUUCUUGCAAACCUACUCGAGGAACAUGGCAGCGGCCCGCUCUGCCAGGAAGGAAGAGCUGACGGGCAGGAAGAAGCGGAGAGCGCUCGAGAAGGAGCGGAAGGAAGCUGAGAAAAAGGAGCGCGAGGCGGAGCGGGCCCGUCUGCGCCGCCUGAAGAUCGAGGAGGCUUCGGAGAAGCUGGCUAAGAUCAAGAAGGCAGCCGGCAUGAGUGGCAAACAUCUGGAAGAGAGCGAAUGGCUGAAGUUCCUGGAAGACGCCUGGGAGAACGACAAGUGGGAGGAAGAGAUGAAGAAGCGGUUUGGCGAGGAGUACUACGCCGAGCCAGACGAGUCUCUCGACGGGGACGAGACCAGCGACGAAGACGCUGCGGACGCCAAGAAAAAGAAGAAAAAGAAGAAGCCAAAGAAGCCCAAAUGGGACGACGACAUCGACAUCAACGACAUUGUCCCCGACUUCGACGAGUCCAAGCCCAACAUCACUCUCACCGACGAUGACGACGAAGCCCAAAACGGUGGCGACGCGCCGGAGCAAGACUCCGAUGCCGACUCCGACGGCGACGAGCGGCCCGCCAAGAAGCGCAAGACCGCCAAAGACCUCAAACACGACCGCAUCGCCGCCAAGCGGCAGGCGCGCGCCGAGCUGGCCAAGAUCGAGGCGCUGGUCGACACCAAGAUGGAGCUCGAAAACCCUCGCGCCCUGCAGGAGCAGCAGGCCAAGUCCAAGUCCGCCGCCGCCGCCAUGCCGGCCUUCCGCUACCGCGAGACGUCGCCCAACUCGUUCGGCCUCACGGCCCGCGACAUCCUGCUGGCGCCGUCGGACGCCGCGCUCAACCAGUUCGCGGGGCUCAAGAAGCUGGCCACCUUCCGCGACGCCGAGAAGAAGCGCAGGGACAAGAAGCGCCUGGGCAAGAAGGCCCGCCUGAGGCAGUGGCGCCGCGAGACGUUCGGGCGCGAGUACGAGCAUUCCGGGCCGACGUAUGGGUUCGAGGCGUUGGUGGGCGAGCACGCCAAGGGGGGCGCUGCCGGCGGUGGUGGCAGUGCUACUGGGGCAAAUGCGGCGAGGAAGGCGCCGAAAGCGAAGGCUAAGCUGGAGAAUGGCGGAGUUCCGGAGAGUGGGAUCAUCGAGGGCGAGAGGAAGAAGAAGAGGAAGAGGAGCAAGAACAAGGGGAAGAAGGCGGUCGACGCCGAGGCGUAGAGACUUGUGUUUGGUUGACGGCGUCCGGGGCGUUGCAACUGCAUUAUCUAUCAUCUAUCUGUAUAUGGGGUUCAUUUCUUGUUUUAAGGUCCAUUCGACUGCUGUACUCAGUAUAUUUGAUCCAAUCG